CUUUUGAGCUGACUUUGUUUCCUUCUCGGCUUUGGCGAGUUCCAUUCGACCCUGCGUCUGCAUUGCUGUCCAGAAAGAUCCCCACAAGAGCAUUAGCCACUAAAAUCUACUGAGAUUUGACCCUCAUCUCGUAGAGUCAGAGACCCACCGCAAUUCUGCGUUAGAGAGCGAGAGAGAAGAUGGCCGUGGCCGUAGCGUUUGGCCAGUCCACUGCCUUCUCUAAAGCCUUGCUCUUUCUUCACAGAAAUGGCAGAAGGAGCUUCACCUCGUUCUCGCUGCCUUACUCGUCAUCCCCAGCUGCCGCUUCUUCUUCUUCCUCGGCAUUCUCCUCUGCUGACAAGCUUCGCCGCCAAAAAUGGAGGGUUCCCGUCGCUUCAGUGCUUGAGCGAGGUGGUGUCAAGAUCGCUAGAGACGAUGUCGUGCGAGAUGAGCCUUCGAACAAUAUCCCAGACACCAUAUUUACAAAACUUGGACAGCAGCUUCACAGAAGGGAUCAACAUCCAAUAGGAAUUUUGAAGAAUGCGAUAUUUGAUUACUUUGAUUCUAGUUAUGAGAACAAGUUUGACAAGUUUGAUGAUCUCUGUCCAAUCGUCACCGUAAAACAGAAUUUUGAUGAUGUCCUGGUUCCUGCUGAUCAUGUAAGCCGGAGCUACAAUGACACAUAUUAUAUCGACCCUCGAACAGUUUUGAGGUGCCAUACAAGUGCUCAUCAAGCAGAGAUUUUAAGCAAGGGUCAUAAACAAUUCCUUGUUACUGGAGAUGUUUACCGGAGAGAUUCUAUUGAUUCAACGCAUUACCCGGUUUUUCAUCAGAUGGAAGGUGUUCGUGUUUUUUCUCCGAAUGAUUGGGAGUCAUCUGGCAAGGAUGGCGCUGCUUAUGCAGCAGAGGAUUUAAAGAAAUGUUUGGAGGGUUUGGCACGCCACUUAUUUGGUGCUGUGGAAAUGCGCUGGACUGAUACAUAUUUCCCAUUUACUGAUCCAUCAUUUGAGCUUGAGAUAUAUUUUCAGGAAAAGUGGCUCGAAGUUUUGGGCUGUGGUGUUACGGAACAAGAAAUUUUGAAGAGAAGUGGUAACUCGAAUAAUGUUGCUUGGGCAUUUGGACUUGGAUUAGAGCGACUUGCUAUGGUUUUAUUUGACAUACCAGACAUUCGGCUUUUCUGGUCAACUGAUGAGCGAUUUACCUCUCAGUUCUCUAAAGGCCAGCUUGGUGUCAAAUUCAAGCCAUUUUCAAAGUUUCCUCCUUGUUACAAGGACAUGAGCUUCUGGAUCAGUGAGUCUUUUACUGAAAACAACCUGUGUGAAGUGAUCAGAGGCAUUGCCGGCGAUCUUGUUGAGGAGGUAUGCCUGAUCGAUAAUUUUACGAACAAGAAAGGGAUGACCAGCCAUUGCUACAGGAUUGCUUACCGUUCCAUGGAGCGUUCACUGACAGAUGAUGAAAUCAAUGAGUUGCAGUGGAAGGUGAGAGAACAAGUGGAGAGCAAGUUAAAUGUGGUCCUAAGAUGAGGAUUCCUUGUGCUAAUUUGCAUAAGGCCUUCCAUUGGCAACCCUGUAGAUCCAUGUCAUUUUUUUUCCUAAUGACUGAUUGUGGCGGAAGUCACCACUAGUGAAUUUUGUCGAAGGAAAGAAACACAGCAUCUUGGUUUACCUUUUUAUAAUGCAAUGUGUACCCCGAUAGUUUAAAUGAUUUCCGUUCUACAAAUGAAAAUGUGAAUGUAUGAGAAUUAUGCAACU